AUUAUUAUUAUUUUGGUCGGAGCUCUCUGUUGAUGCCGUUAAUUCGGUUUCAAAGCCACAAGCAGAGCCAUACACUCAGACCCCUUCCCAUUCACUCACACUGCUUUGCUUUAUCCCAUCUUAUGGGAUAAUCAACUUAGAUAGUACAUUCGAUUUCUAGUUUUUCACGCUUUCUUAGACCUCAACGGAUUCAGAGCCAGGCCACGAACUUACACUUGACUCUACCUCUCCAUACUUGUGAACAUUAGCAGCUCCAAAUUUCUUACCGUCUCCGGUUCGAGCUGUGAAACCAGUAGCCAUGGAAUCUAUGAAAGCUUCCUCUCUUACUUCACUUAGCAUUCGAACUGCAUUCGAUAGAACCCAAUUCAGAAAACCCAUGUUCCUGAAUUUUCAUUUCGGCCCAAUAACCCGUUCAUCGUUCCCUUUAGUUGGGACAAACCAACCUAAAUUCAAGGUUUUUACCACCAUAUCAUCCACGGAUUCAACAGAAACCAAAAACCCACCUGACUCAGAGCUUGAAACACGCAGUAAAGAUGAGAAAUUUGAUUGGUAUGCACAGUGGUAUCCAGUUAUGCCGGUCUGUGAUCUGGACAAGAGGGUGCCACAUGCGAAAAAAGUGAUGGGUCUUGAUGUGGUUGUGUGGUGGGAUAGGAAUGAGUGUGCUUGGAAAGUGUUUGAGGAUAGCUGCCCUCAUAGGUUAGCCCCACUAUCUGAAGGACGGAUUGAUCAGGGGGGCAGGUUGCAGUGUGUGUACCAUGGUUGGUGUUUUAAUGGCUCUGGUGACUGCAAGUUCAUCCCCCAAGCACCUCCUGAUGGCCCUCCGGUGCACACAUUCAAGAGAGCAUGUGUAGGGGUUUAUCCAAGUACUGUGCAGAAUGACAUUGUUUGGUUUUGGCCAAACACCGAUCCUCAAUACAAAGAUAUUAUUAUGGACAGAAAACCACCCUAUAUAUCAGAAAUAGAUGAUCCUUCUUACACUAAAUUGAUGGGAAAUAGGGAUAUUCCUUUUGGUUAUGAGGUAUUAAUGGAAAAUCUUAUGGACCCUGCUCAUGUUCCAUAUGCGCAUUAUGGAAUAAUGCGAUCUCAACAACCCAAAAACAGAGUGAAGGCUGAUAGAGAGGGGGGCAGACCUCUCGAAUUGAUUAUUGAAAGGUUAGACAUCAAUGGGUUUGGGGCAGAUCAAGAGGAGAGGAGCAGAAGCAAGUUUUUUCCCCCCUGUGUGUUUUAUGCUUAUACUGACUCUAUGGUGGAUCAAGCUAAUGGAUCUGCAUCAUCCGCUGGAACCAAAAAGAAAACUUCAGUGCAGCGGAAAUUUUCUUUAGUAUUUAUCUGUGUUCCAGUUAGUCCAGGUAAUAGCAGACUGAUAUGGACCUUCCCAAGAAACUUUGGCCUUUGGAUCGAUAAGGUUGUGCCACGAUGGAUGUUUCAUGUGGGACAAAACCUGAUUUUAGAUUCAGAUUUAUAUCUUCUUCACGUUGAGGAGCGGAAGAUAAUAGAUGCUGGUCCUACCAAUUGGCAGAAAGCUUGUUUUGUGCCAACAAAGUCAGAUGCCCUUGUGGUUGGAUUUAGAAAAUGGUUAAACAAGUAUGCUGGAGGUCAAGUUGAUUGGAGAGGCAAGUACAGUGGGGCUCUUCCCCCAACUCCUCCUAGAGAACAGCUGAUGGAUAGGUACUGGUCUCAUGUGGUGAACUGCCGCAGUUGCAGUGUUGCAUACAAGGGUCUCAAUGUUCUUGAAGUUGUCCUUCAAGUUGCCUCUGUUGCUUCAAUUGGGAUAGUUGCUGCUAUUAAGCAGGGUGCGAUGUCGGCAGCUGCAAGAACAACCAUCGUUUUGUUGGCAGUACUAUGCUAUGCAUCCUCGAGAUGGUUGGCUCACUUCAUCUACAAGAAUUUUCAUUACCAUGACUACAGUCAUGCUCUUCGUUGAGAUUAGUCUCGCUUACUUUUCGGGCUCAAAGUCUAAUCUUUGGCAGUGUAAAAUAUAGCAUCUGCCGUGUACAAUAAAGGUGAUGAAACUUGAAAACUAUGUGUAAAAUUUAAACUUGCAUAAACUUGGGAUUGUGUUGGAGGUUGGCCAUUUCA